GACAGUCAUUGUGUUCGGUUCUGUUACUUUAUUUUGUGGCAUAGACAAAUAAAAAAAUGAAAGUUUUUGCAAUUUUAAUUCUGUUUGCUUUCACUUUUGUGAACUGCCAUAAACUUAUUGAGAAAUAUUCGUGGCGUGAACUCGAGUUUGUGUGGCCCACUGACGAAAGUCGACAAGAAGCACUCUUCAAUGGCAAAUAUGUACCGAGCAAUAAUUUACCACUGGCAUUCGAUGUGUGGAGAGAUAAAAUUUUCUUAACUGUUCCCAGAUGGAAGACGGGAGUUGCAAGCACGUUGAAUUUUAUUGAUAUUUCAAAUGAGAAGUCGCCCGUCUUACAUCCCUAUCCGAAUUUCUCGAUGAAUCAACUUCCAGAGAGCACCAGUGAUGGAAAUAAUGAUGGAGAUGGAGACGAGCAACAGCAUCCGAACAUAAUUUCCGCUUUUGGCAUUCGAGUUGACGAAUGUGAUAGAUUGUGGAUUGUCGAUAGUGGCUUGUCAGAUUUACUUGGGCAAACGGAAAAGUUUCAAAAUCCCUCAGUUUUCAUCUUUGACUUGAAAACUUCGAAACUAUUGAGAAGAUUUGAGAUUCCCGAAAAACAGAAGAAAGCUGACUCGUUCUUUGUCAAUAUCUACGUUGAUGUGCAGCACACAAAAUGCGGCGAAACUUUCGCUUAUAUAGCCGAUAUUUAUGGCUAUGGUAUUAUCGUUUAUGAUUAUCAAAGUGAUAAGUCGUGGCGUGUCAAUCAUAACUACUUUUUGUUCGAUCCAAUACAAGGAAAUUUGAAUGUAGCCGAUGUUAAUUUUCAAUGGCAUGAUGGUGUAUUUGGAAUGGCUUUAGGUGAUGUUAGGAAUGAACAUGGUGAUCGAACAGUAUACUUUCAUGCUCUCGUCUCAACAAACGAGUUUUCAGUCGAGAAUUCUGUGUUAAAAAAUGAAAGUUUCUCUACGAGUCCAGCAGCAUAUCAUUCAUUUAAUUUGCUCGGCAGUCGUGGCACCAAGACUCAAUCGUCUGCAGAAGUUUACGAUGAGAUAACAAAUGUUAUUUUUUACACACAAAUUAAUCUCAAUGCAAUUGGAUGUUGGAACACGAAAAAAGCAUUUACGAUUGAGAAUCAAGGAAUUGUGGCGCGGGACGAUGAUACGAUGAUCUUUCCGAAUGACCUGAGGAUUGAUAGCAAUGGAAAUUUGUUUGCGCUUAUAAAUCGCUUGCCAGUUUUUAUGUUUAGUAAUUUAAAGUCGGAUGAAAAUAAUUUUCAUAUAAUGAUGGGAAAAACUAGUGAAAUAAUCAAAGGAUCUGCAUGCGAGGCUUAAUCUGAAGAGCAUUUAGCUGUGUUUAAGUUUCCAAAUCUCAUUAUAUUUUUACAGUGUUUAAAUUCUCAAUGAAGUACUUUUCAACAUCACACUUCAUACUUUUGAAUGAAUAAAUAUUAUGCAUGCAUGUAAAUUCACACUUUGAGAGCAUUUUUAUACUGUCAAGGAGCGGAAAAAAAUUCCUUUCAUGUCAUCAUUUAAAUACGUUUUGAUGAAUAAAUGCUGCAACCUAUUGCAAUUUUAUGACGUGCG